AUGAUUUCAAAAAUAUUGGAAAAUUUUGUUGCUAUACAUGCAUAUGUAAAACGACAUGAUGCAAGAUUAGAUAAAAUUGAAAAAUUAUUACAGGAAAACUAUAGUGGCUAUAAAUGUGAAAAGAAUAACGUUUUUGAUGAUGAUUUUAUAGUACUAUUUCCUAUGAUAGAUAUCGAGGCUAUUACUAGUAUUGAUGAUAAAAUAAAAACUGACCCAACAUUUGAAUCUCAAAUGACAAUUGGAGGAACUGAUACAAAAAAUUUUACGAAACGUGUAUUGCAUAGAUUAUUCACAAAUGAAUUGUCAUCAAAAUGUUCAUGGACAGGCUUUAAAUCAAAUUUCAGAUUAGAAAAUUUAAUGUUGAUUGAGAUUAUGAAAGGUAAUUGGAUAAUUGAAUUACUUAUUUAA